UUAGCAGCUGACAGCUUUAACCACUGCGCCACCAGGGCUCCUAUUUACAUCACAGGAAUUAAAAAAACAAUUAAGAAUAAAGCCUAUGAAAGAGGUAGAAAUUAAGCUCAGACUUUAAAUAAAGGAUGUGGAUCCACAAACAUUUGAUGGUAGGGCACAUCAGGAAGAGAAAAAUAGCACAAGCCAGGGCAAGGAGGAGGGGGAAGUACACGGUAUGUGUAGGAAGUAAAAGCCCAAAUGUUUAAUCUGGAAACAGCAUUCAGCAGUUAUACGAUUCACUGACAGAUAAUGUGGCAUAAUGCUUUGGAGUUUGAUUCAAAUCCCAGUCCCACUACUUAGUAGUUAAGUGAAAAACCUCAGGCAAAUUACAACAGCUAAGUUUGUUUCUUCAGCUAUUGAGAUAUUCAAAAACAUUUCUCAAUUUAAUGUCAAAAUAAUAGUAUAGUUGGUACUCAACAAUUCCCUCUCCAGUACCUCAAUUUCAGAGCAUAAGAAACUGGGCCAGAGGUAGGUACAUUGGCUUGCUUAAGUUCACACAGCCAGUGGAGAGUCAGAAUUCCCUUUCUCUCACUCAGUUCAGGGUUAUGUUUGCUUUUAAACCACACCACAACAAUAACAAGAAUGAUCUUAUUCAGACAAGAAGAGCAAUAUUGUAGAAGAGGAGGAGGUGACUUUGUAUAACACCAUAAUUUAAGCUUAAAACGUAUUAAGUUUCUGAAAGAAUUUCAUACAGAUUUCUAUUUGCUUUCAGUAAUUACAUACAAAAGCAGUUUAAUCUUAAGAAACAUUACAUAGUUAAGAUAUAACAUAGUAAAACAAUGUCAGCUUUCUUGUAAGUUUAAGACUUUCUAAAAUGGUAACUUGGUAAGUAAAAUGUUUAAAAAUUCUAGGCUUUAAAGAGUAUAGUAUUUAGAGGGUUGCCUCCUGACAAAGUCAGGCUCUUGUGCUCACAAAAAACAAAUGCAUCAUCAGCCUGCAACUACUUCUUAGUGAAGUUGAGAACACUGUUUUUUCAGUGUUCAACGUAAAAGACUUCUGGCCUGCAGACUAAAAUGUUUGUUUUAUAAUUGCCCGCUGAACUAUGACAGUUUGUUUCCAGAUGGUGCCCUUCCUUCAACCUGCACACAAUCUUUCCUUGUUCAUAGCUAUUCAACCUCCUGCUGAUCCCACUACCCCCACCCCUAUUUAAGGCAACAGAGAGGAAAUCCUAAGGAGACUUCCCCCCCAGUCUCCAGCAAUUUUUUUGGUGAUGUAAUAUGUGGGCUGAACUUGAGUCUACUGAGAAGGAGAGGCAAUCACUAUCCGCGGGUACUGUAUAUACAAUCUGGGUCAGCUGCAGCUGGUUACUGCAUUUCUCCAUGUGGCAGACAGAGCAAAGCCACAAUGCUUUCUCUGCUGGAUUAAAGACAGCCCACAGACCAGAACUUCCACUAUACUAUUUAAAAUUACAUAGGUGGCUUGUCAAAUUCAAUUGAUUAGUACGGUAAGAAGAAAAAGACCUUCCUUAUUACAGCUUGGAUUCAACGGUCCAAAACAAAAAAUGCAGUUGCCAUUAGAGUUACAGAUGAACAAACUUCAACACUGAUUUUUAAAAUCAAGGAUAAGGGCAGCAAGUUUCUGGAUUCACUUUAUCAACAGAUACAAAAAGGUAUUUUAAUAUUUCUUUUUAUUUAAAAAUACUAUGAAUGUUGACAUGCAUAAUUAUUUUACAUUUGUAGUAGAAAUUUCCAAAUCUCUUAUAAAACAAAGAACUUGGGAGCAUACUACAAUUUCAUCUGAUACCGGUUUUGUUUUGCAUUUUUAUGUAAACACUGAUCAUUAAGUACUUUAUGAGGUUAACGCUUACAUUAUUUCAGGUUCUAUGUAGUGACAUUUGUUGGAUAUAAUUAGACUGAUGCAUACAUGCUGGGUUUCAGAAAACAAGUGCUUUAAAGACACUAGAAAAAUUUUAACAAGUAACAAAUUCAAUGUUUAUGGUUUAUAGCACCCUGAAUAAAAACAAAUACAAACUAAAGAAGAGGAUUGUAAACAUGGUUAGUUUUUCUUCACAUAAAUACAGUAUGUGUUCUGAAGAGUCAUAUAUACUGUUGGAUUUCUCAUAGUUACAAAAAAAUGCUAUGAAGAUAUCAAAAUAGCUGAAAGGCAUUACAACAACACCUAGAUUUAUAGAACAACCAAAUAUUAAGCAGAAAAUCCUACUGAAGAUUUAAGAUAUACCUAUGGUAUUUCUUGCUAUGACUCAAAAUUUUAAAUAAUUUUCUAGGUUUCACAUCUAACAGUAAUUUAACUGGAGUAACAGAAGUUAAAACUGCUACAUAGCUGGAAUUAUUUGGAAAAGCAAAAUUACUGAUACAUAAAAACACUAAAACCUUCUUAUACAUUAGGACUGAGUAGAAAAUAUAAAAUGUGAUAGAAGUAUGAUGUAAGUAGUUAACAUUAACAAUAGAAAAUAAGAAUCAAGAAAAUAUAAUUACUUAAGAUCAAAAUUAAAAGGCCAAAAUAUAGAUCAUUUUUAGAUAGAAAUCUUUUUAAUAACCAUACACAAGGUUUCCUUCAAUAUUCUAUCUGAAAGCUUUAUAAAUAUUAUGACAAUUAUUAAAAAUAAAAUUACUAGUUGCCAAUAGUAACUUUUAAUGCCAAAGACACUUUGUUUGGUAUGAUUCAGGGAUUCUUUUGCCUUUUAAAAAUUAAAGAUAAUAAUGGUAAGAAUCUUUAACAAGUAAGUAACGGUAAAGCUAGGAUUUUUCACCUUCGCUUUCAUAUCCUUUCCUCCCUCGACUGACUAAGUACUGGAAGGAUCUUUGCUAAUCACAUAUUUUCAAGAAAUUCUGAUAAAAUUUCCAAGCAAUACUGGACCUGAAAUACUUAUCAUCUCUCUUUCUCUCUUUUGUUGCUCCUUGCUAUGAAAAGUAGAGGACUUCAUUAAAGCCUCAUUCUUACUGAAGCUUUAGGCAAUCAUUUAACACGUAUAACUACUUAUCCCUCUUUAAAAUAUCUUCAGGGGAUUAGGUUGUUCUCAAGUCUCUUUCUAGAACAUAUUUCACAAUCUAGAAGUUCUGUAUCUAAGGUAUCCUCGAUGCCUCAUACAUUUAAGUUCAUUGCCUCACACUGUUUUCAGUGCAUGACACAGCCAGUAAAUGUCUCUCUAUGAGCUUACCAUCUAAAAGGAAGUAAAUCCUGACCUUUAUUUCUUCUCUCUACUAGCUGGCAAUAUAGCAACUAUGAAGAAAAACAGUACCAAUAAAAUUAACCCAAAGCAUGGAAAACAUUCCCCCUCCCUUAAAAACCAAGCAAAGAUGUAGACUUAAACUUAAGUAUACUGUAACUAAUUUAUAACAUUCUCUUGGGACCUAGGAAAAUUUUAACAUACACAGAAAGGUUUUAUGAGGUAACACAGAUUUAUGGAUCUUUCCCUUUUAAAACUGAAAAUAUGUGGGAAAAUAUUAAAUAAGAGAACGUUCUUAGAAAACGUCACAGUAAAUGUAUUUUUUAAACCAGCUCCUUACUCAAUAUCUGAAUUAAAGAUUUAAGAGAUCCAUAGUUCUUCUACGAAAAGUAAAUGACGUAACUAGUCUACUAAAGAAAUGCGGCUCCUUGCUCUGCGUUAAGGAACAACGAAGUCAUUACUUUUGUAAGGAUAAAGGAAUUACAUUUAUUUUUUAAAAAAUAAACUUUAAGUUUUUAAAAAAUAAACUUAGUUUUCUCCUUUAGGAACAUUGGUGGUGCAGUGGUUAAGAGCUCAGCUGCUAACCAAAAGGUCAGAAGUUCGAAUACACCAGCUGCUCCUUGGAAAUCCUACUCUGUCCUAUAGGGUCGCUAUGAGUCAGAAUCAGUACUGUGUUUUGGUUUCUUCUUUAAAUGCUAACUUAGAUCAGAUUCUCUUAUGGCAGACAGUGCUUUAUCUUAUCACUUAACUAUAGGCAACCAUAAUGAACCAAGGCAGGAUACACGAAAGGAAGCUACUGUUACCUUAAUUUGGAUUAGUACAUCCUAGUUCCCCAAAAUAGCGCUGAUCCAAAACCACAAUAACAGUCUUGGAUGGAUACGCUCUUAGGUGUUCUAUAAAAAUCUGUACCUAGUAUUAAUACAAGCUGUUCAAUUACAAUAUUGUUCAUAAAAUUCUCUGGAUUUUAUAGUUUCAUGAUAUUUUCUGAAUUUCCUUUGCUUUUGUAGCUUAUUUCAAAAUAAAAUAGUUUUAUGAUCUAAGAGUUCCCAUUCUAUUAUUAAAGUAAAAUGAGUGAAUUUCAGCAGUAGGUAAGUUAGCUAUGUAGGAGAAAUGCUGUGCAUUUACCCAGAAGGCUGAUUGCUUAUGUUUUAUUUGACCCUAUCCAAAAAUUCCAGAACUCAUAUAAAUAAAGACACUCUUUUUGUCAGUUUUCAGUAUAGGUAAUUCUUGAGUAGUGAAAGUCCUUAAAAGCAAAAACAAACAAACAAACAAACAAACAAAAACCAAAAACAGAAACAAAAAAGAUAGAUGACUCUUAAGGCCUAAAUUUUCUAUCAUCGCUAUAACGCGAAGUACAAAACAAAAAACAAACUACAAACACUCAUCCAAGAGGAAUGUUAUUAGGCUCAUUCUCUCUAUCUUGAUUAAGUUAGUAAAAGAAAAAUAAUUCUCAACAUUCCAUCCAUUCUUUGCUUUAUUUUCAUUUUUUUAAUCCCUUUUGGAAACACUAGUUCUUUGACAAAACAAAAAAUAAGGACUCAUGGCUUUAGAAAGUAGCAGUAGUCUUCAUGACAACAGGUGAAGACUCCAUAUUUCACUGACACAGCCUUUACUUUUGGGAGGGCUUGUAAUCACAAAUUAAAACCAGUUGCUGUCAAGUCAAUUCCAACUCAUGGCGACCCCAUGUGUGUCAGACUAGAACUGUGCUCCAGAGGGUUUUCAAUGCCUGAAUUUUUUGGAAGUAGAUCACCAGCCCUUUCUUUCGAGGUGCCUCUGGGUGUACUCGAAUCUCCAGCAUUUUGGAGCUGAGUGAAUUAAGUGUUUGCACUACCCAAGGACUCUAAAUCACCAAUUAAAAAAGAAAAAAAAACCAAAACACUGUCAUCGAGUCAGUUCCGACUCAUAGUGAACCUACAGGACAGAGCAGAACUGCCCCAUAGGCUCUCCAAGGAGCAGCUGGUGGAUUCUAACUGCCAACCUUUUGGUUAGCAGCUGAGGUCUUAACCACUGUGCCACCAGGGCUCUCCAAAUCACAAAUCAGACAUGUAAAUACCAACUGAUAAGAUACGUAUGGAGGGGAAGGAAUGACAGCAAAAAAAGCCUGAUACAUAAAAAUGAUGGAAACAAAAUCUGACUAAAACGAUUCACAGGUAUUUCUGCAUAAUUAAGUAAUGGGUCAAUGUAAAAACAUAUAAACCAGCAAAAGGAAGUGAAAAAACAAGAAAUGCAAACUUAAGACUCCUCUGUAGUUAUAACAUAAAAUAAGAGGGUUGCUAUGAGCCAGCAUGGACUCAAUGGCAACGGUUAGUGUAAAAUAACAUGACUAGGGUAAAACAAUCACAGGUCGAGAAAAGUUAUGAGUAGAGGAUCUGAAUAUCAUUUCAGUGUUUUAGCUUCUCUAGGACAUUACUUAUUUGCAAAAAGGUAUAGCAUUUACUUCACAGUGUUGUUAUGAAUGCAAUUAAAUACUGUCACAGUGUAGAUGAUAGAACACGGGCUAGAGUAUGUUGCCAUGUGUUGUAGUGGUUAAUUAAGAACAUGCACUCUGGAUUCCUCUGCCUGGGUUCAAAUUCUGGCUCCAUCUCUUAGAAGCUCAGUGACUCUGAGUAAAGUAUUUAAUUUUAGAUGCAAGUUUCCUCAUUUGAAAGUGAGGCUCAAAACAGACAAUCAACCUCAUAGAGUUGUAGUAUUAAGUAAAUGAUUCAAUACAGUAAGGGGCUUAAAAUAGCAACUGGAACUUAACAAGCACCUAAUAUGUAUUAACUGUUAUUAUUAAUAGUAAGAGUAAAUAACUUGGGACCCGGCUUCUCAAAUCAAGAAACAAGUAGUUGGGUGGAAAAUUGGAUAUAAAAGCUCUGACUUAGGGUAUGUACUGCCAUCCUACAUAAGCAGCAGACAGGAAUCGAGAUUUAAAGAGUGGGAAGGUGGGCUACAAUACAGCAGACUGUUAAUGGAACUGAUGGAGUGAACACAGCUUACCCCUUUCUACUGCUACUAUCUACGCUUCUGGGAAGUACCUAAAGAGAACAGAGGAAGCUUUGGUUCUUGGAACUAGUUCUGGUGUUUCCUCAGAAAAAAAUUGUACUUUAUAGGACAAGCAUUUCUCAUCUGCCACAACAAGAGUGGAACAUUCCAAACACACAUUUUAGCAUAUCUAAUAUGUGCCACUGCUAUAAACACUGUCUGAGGAGCCAGGGAACUUGAGUUCUAAAUCUGGCUCUGAGGUUACCUAUUUGUGUGGCCUUGGCCUUCAACAUGCUCAUCGGUACAAAGAAGUUCUUGAAGGAGAUGGCACUUUCCAACUCUAACAUUCAUGUUCACUUACAGAUAGUUUCUUCGCUUGGCAACAGUUGUGGGAAAUCAUUAAUAUUUUACUAAAAUACAAUUUAGCAACACCUCGGUUAGUAUGAACCUAUUGAAUCAUAUAUAAACUUAGGGCACGUGAUUAUGGUUCAGGAAACACAAUUUUACUCACAAUAAUGACUGCUGAGAAUUCUACCAUUCUUAAAUCUAUCACCAAUCCCAAAAGAAGAUACUAUGAAGGUGGGAUGGGGGUAGACAUCACAGGAUGCUAAAACUUUCAGGUUUUAGACUUCUCUAAAACAUUUCUUUAAUUAGACAGGUAAAAAAGACAUGAUAUUUAUUACAGAAGACCAAUUUAAUUGAAACUUCAUAGUAUAAAUAUAAAACCUGGACUAGUAAAAAGUGACAUGGCAACUUUAAUACUGGUUAGGCAAGAAUGUUUUAAUUACUGCCUUGGAAACGCUGUGUACCAUUUUCAUAGUCUUAAGAUAAUAAGGGAGCUCUUUAAAGUACGAAAGGUCUUAUUAGGUCUCAAAAGCCCCAAUAGCACCCAGCAGCGUGCCUUUAUACACAGUGGGCACUCACCAAAAUCUGCUCAAUGAGCUGGGGAACAAAAAGCAUUACGAUAAGGUGGUAGCUGGAAGAGCUAUUCUCUGAAACCUAGUCCUUAAACAAAUGUCAAAGCAUUUUAAUUUAAUCUUGAAUUUAAGCAAUUAAAAAAGUUACUUCUGGCAUAGUUUAUUAAUACCAGUAAAUAUUCAAUUCUUACUUUAGAUACUUUUUUAUACUAUCAACUUCAAAAGUAGAUUAAUUUUUUUUUUUUUACUUUUUCCCUUCCUUGAUUUGUUUUUCUAAAGACGUCGUUGUACAAUCACAUUUCAAAAUGAAGGCUUUUAUCUGGAUCCUAGGUGUGCUCUUCCUCAUAGUAAUGAGCUCCGAACAUUGCAGAGGACAGUCCAAAAUAAAAAAAACAACCCAGAGGAGAUACCCUCGUGCUGCAGAUGGUAAAGAGGAAGCAAAGAAAUGUGCAUACACAUUCCUGGUACCUGAACAAAAAAUAACAGGGCCAAUUUGUGUCAACACCAAAGGGCAAGAUGCAGGUACCAUUAAAGACAUGAUCACCAAGAUGGACCUUGAGAACCUGAAGGAUGUGCUCUCCAGGCAGAAGCGGGAGAUAGAUGUCCUGCAACUGGUAGUGGAUGUAGAUGGAAACAUUGUGAAUGAGGUAAAGCUGCUAAGAAAAGAAAGCCGUAACAUGAACUCUCGUGUUACUCAACUCUAUAUGCAACUAUUACAUGAGAUUAUCCGUAAGAGGGAUAAUUCACUUGAACUUUCCCAGUUGGAAAACAAAAUCCUCAACGUCACCACAGAAAUGUUGAAGAUGGCAACAAGGUACAGGGAACUAGAGGUGAAAUACGCUUCCUUGACUGAUCUUGUCAAUAACCAGUCUGUGAUGAUCACUUUGUUGGAGGAACAGUGCUUGAGGAUAUUUUCCCGACAAGACACCCAUGUAUCUCCUCCUCUUGUCCAGGUGGUGCCACAACAUAUUCCUAACAGCCAUCAGUAUACUCCUGGUCUGCUGGGAGGUAAUGAGAUACAGAGGGAUCCAGGUUAUCCCAGAGAUUUAAUGCCACCACCUGAUCUGGCAACUUCUCCCACCAAAAGCCCUUUCAAGAUACCACCAGUAACUUUCAUCAAUGAAGGACCAUUCAAAGACUGUCAGCAAGCGAAAGAAGCUGGGCAUUCAAUCAGCGGGAUUUAUAUGAUUAAAUCUGAAAACGGCAAUGAACCUGUGCAGUUAUGGUGCGAGAACAGUUUGGACCCUGGAGGUUGGACUGUUAUUCAGAAAAGAACAGAUGGCUCUGUCAAUUUCUUCAGAAAUUGGGAAAAUUAUAAGAAAGGGUUUGGAAACACUGAUGGAGAAUACUGGCUUGGACUGGAAAACAUCUAUAUGCUUAGCAAUCAAGAUAAUUAUAAGCUGCUGAUUGAAUUAGAAGAUUGGAGUGAUAAAAAAGUCUAUGCAGAAUAUAGAAGCUUUCGUCUAGAACCUGAAAGUGAAUUCUAUAGACUGCGCCUGGGAACUUACCAGGGAAAUGCAGGGGAUUCUAUGAUGUGGCACAAUGGUAAACAAUUCACAACACUGGACAGAGAUAAAGAUAUGUAUGCAGGAAACUGUGCCCACUUUCAUAAAGGAGGCUGGUGGUACAACGCCUGUGCACAUUCUAAUCUAAAUGGAGUAUGGUACAGAGGAGGCCAUUACAGAAGCAAGCACCAGGAUGGAAUUUUUUGGGCUGAAUACAGGGGUGGGUCCUACUCCUUGAGAGCAGUUCGGAUGAUGAUCAAGCCUAUUGACUGAAAAGAGACAGUUUCCAAUUUAAAAUGACAUAAAACUCUGUAUUUUCCAGCUCUUAAAAAUGUAAAUGUUAUAUGUAUAUUAUUUCACACAACAAUUUAUUUCUACAGAUACAGUUUUUAAAAUGAAUUUUACUAUAAAAAGGGAUCUAUGAAUGCUGCUUCUUCUUCCUUCAAUAUACUGCAGAUGAUUAUUGUAUUCAUGUCCUAGUUAUUUUUAAAAUUAUAUUGACUAAAUACAGGCAAAGUUUGUUUCUAAAAUGUAAAUACUUGCCAAAAUGUAAAACAAAUAUUAGCGUUAUUUUAAACCCAAACUGAAAACAUGUUCUAUAUACUUAACAAUUUAUUUAAAAACUUUAUAAGACCGCUUGAAUUUCCAAUGGAAAAAUAGUUUUAAGACUUCAACCAAGCAGUAUAUUUUAUUUAUAAAAAUACAGACAGGAAAUUAGAGAGAAAACUCUAAUUUUGCCAAUAGAAAAUACGUUUUGCAUUGAAUAAAAAUUAUUUUCAAAUUGAAUCUGUGCCUUUUACAUAAAACAGUUAAAUCUGAAUUCUUGGCAAUAUACUCUAUGCUGAUUUUCCUAAAAGAGUUAAGUGACCCACUGUAUUAUACAUACCAUUUUUUAAAAACAAAAAAAUGCACAAAUGCAUGCAUUAUUUAAAUGGUUAAAUUUAUGAAAAUAGAAAUACACAAAUGACUUUUCUCAAUAUUAUCUCCAUAUUAAGUUGCUGAAGUCCAAAAUCUCCUGAAAUGUACUUUGUUAUAAAAUCAGCACAAUACUAGUAUUAUAAAAGUUUAGAAUAUUUAGCAGGCCAAAGAUUUUACAAUCUGACUUUUAAUUCUAAGCAUAUUUAUUAACACUUCUUUUUCCUCGUCAUUUACUGGUUCUUAGUAUUUGAAAAAAGCCUGUCUGUUAUUCAAGUCAGAAGGUUGGUCAACUUUACAGGUGUUACAGGUGGGACUAAAACAACUUCAGAAAUUGUCAGAUCUUUCCAAUACUGAGACUCAACAGCUAAGAGCAGAAUCCAGGGGUAUUUGGCUAGUCCGAUUUGCCAAUUCCAUUUUAUAGUGUCUGUGACUAUUGCUUAGCUUCACAUUGUCUUUAACUCAUCUUUGCAAUCAACAACUUUAUUAGCAACCUUCUGGAACAAUUUCCUUCCAGCAACAUGUUCACCGCUUAGAGCUGACUUCUCUUAAUACAUUUGUGAAGCUAAAAUUUUAGAGAAAUCUCAUGAGAGUUUUGCUCAAGCAAAAAGAAUAUCCAAUCAGUGAGGCAAACUGCCCAUAAGAAUGGUUUGAUUUAAAGAUAAUCAUUUGAAUGACUCAAGUCAACCAACAUGAUCAAUGUUUUUUAUUUGCCACAUCUCAAAAUAAAAUUUCUGGUGAAAGCAGUUAGGAGAACAUCAAAAACUUACAGUGGCAUUAUUCUUUGUUUUACCUAUGGUCAUCCUGAAAUGUUUUAAACGAUCUGUCCUCUAACCCCAAAUAUGCUAUUUCUAAUUUCUGGGAAGAAUCAGGCAUCAAAUUGUUAAAUCUUAACUAAAUAAAAUUUUACCAGGGCAAUCCAUUUAUUGAUAGAAAUACUACAUUUCACCUAAACAUCCAAAACCCUGUGAAAGACAAGUCAGAGGAUUUGCAGAAUUUUCCACAGAAGAGAAAUAUUAUUAAAACUAGAAUAAUGUGAAAAGUCAAAACACAAAUUUAGCUAAAUGCUAAACUUCCUUGUCACUGGGAGCACUCUGUUCUUCCUCAAAGGCCUGUAUUUGACUCUGCUCUGGAUUUCCCUUAGAGCUUAAGAAUAACUUGGGCAAAUGAGUUCCUUGAGAGCAAGGAAUAAGAGGCAGUAGUAUAUGAUGGUUGAGUAUAGGCUCUGAAGACAGAACUGCUUGGGUUUGUGGCCCAGCUCUACCAUUUGCUAGCUGUGUUAUCUUGGGCAAUUUAUAUACUCUUGCCUCAGUUUUCUUAUCUAUAAAAUGGGGAUAAUGAUAGUACUUAACUCGUAUGGUUACUAUGAAGAUCAAAUGAGAUGACAUCUGUAAAGUAUUUAGAAUAAUGCCUAACAAUAGUUAAGAACUCAGUAGACUUUAGUUAUCACUAUUAUUACUAUACAUCUAUGCAUCUUCUGUAAUAUCUAGCAUGGUGUCUUAAAUAAAGUUUAAAAUCCAAGUUUUCAGGCAUAAGAUUAGACCAAUCCAUGAUCUUUGACUGCAAACCUAACAGAGCUAUGUCAGCUGUUAUGACAGGUAGUAAAGGGUCUCGACCAUAAGGAAAUAAAAAUAAAAAUUAAGGGAAGAAGAGCCACACUAGGAAUUUCAGCCUGAGAAUAUUAUGAGAGUUUAGAUCACUUGUGUGGUAGGGAAGGUCCAAACGCAAGCUACUUUGAAGGUCACCUAGGAAUAAAGAUGUGGUUGCCACACCUUCAAUAAGAUUGAGCUAUAACUUUACAGCUGGUUUAUAGAAGGAUUCUUUAUGUUCAGUUAUUUUUAAUAAAUGCAACUAAGUUUAUCCUAAAGAGGAUUUAGUCUCUACUUAAUAGAAGGCCAUAAAUGCCUUGGGCACCUGGGCUCUCUGAAAAAAACAAAAACCUGUUGCCAUUGAUGUCGAUUCUGACUCAUAGUGACCCUAUGACAGACUAGAACCACUCUAUAGGGUUUCCAAGGAGCGGCUAAUGGAUUCAAACUACCAACCUUUUGGUUAGCAGCCAGGGCUCUGGUCUCUCUGAAGAAGACUUAUAAAACUUGAAAUUUCAGGUGAUUCCAGAAUUAGACACUGUCUUGAGAUUAAGUGGAUACCUAAGAAUAUACUUAUCCUCAGGAUCCAAGCCUGGAAGAGUACAAAGAUCUAACGUCCACCUGACACCAACAGUCAUGAUAUGAGAAUGCUAAUUCUUCCAGCAUUAUGUUUCUUAGGACUCCUACUGGUAAUAAUAUAAUAAACACGUUGCCACUGAGUUGCAGUGGUUAAGUGCUUCACAGCUAAUCAAAAGGUCGAUGGUUUGAAUCUACCAGCUGUCCGUGGGAGAAAGAUGUGGCAGUCUACUUCUGUAAACAUUACAGCCCUGGAAACCCUAUGGGGGAGGUCUACUCUUUCCUACAGGGUUGCUAUGAGUUGGAAUCAACUCGACGGCACCAGGAAUAACAGGCCUGUAAAAAAUUCUGCAAUUAUUAAAAUGUUUCAAAUUUAUUUAUAAAUCUGUACUAAUGAAAUGCAAACUGUGGUGCAAACUGUUAAUGUGCUUGGCUGCCAACCAAAAAGUUGGGGGUUCGAGUCCCCCUAGAGGCCCCUUGGAAGAAAGGCCUGGCGAUCUAUUUCUAAAUAAUCAGCCACUGAAAACCCUAUGGAGCACAGUUCUACUCUGACACACAUGGAGUCGCCAUGAGUCAGAGUUAACUUGAUGGCUACUGGUUUUGGUUUUACUAAUGUAAUAUGACUUAUAUAUAUUUAAAUUAAUCUUAAUAGUAAAAGAUCACUUGCUGCUAUGUGCCAUCAUGUUGAUUCUGACUCAGCAACCCUACAAGACAGAGUAGAACUGACCCAUACGGUUUCCUAGGCUGAAAUCUUUACGGGAGCAGAUCGCCACGUCUUUUCUC